AUGAUACGUGAUUCGAGUCAUGGCCAAUCGCCAUUGUCAUUAUCAUCAACACGGCUCAUUAUUUCCAUGCUUGUGUUAUCCACCACGAUGAUCUUUAGUGUUGGUCUUGUAGGAGCCACAAACACUACAUCACCAUCGUCAUCACCUUCGUCACCAUCAUCAACCAAUAAUCUCUCUUCUCCUAUAACUGAUCGUAACGAACCACCAGAAUGUACCUUAAAUGAUUACGGAGCAACCUAUACUCCUUGUUUGAAAAUGAGUGACAUAAGGACCGUUGUUUAUUACAAGAAGAAUAAUUGUAGUGGAGGAGUGCCAUUACCAAUUUCUACAGAAACUCUCCCUUGUAAUUUAACUUGCAGUAAUGGUCAAUUUUUGAGACCACCUUUUGUGAAAUGUGAGCCAUGUAUUCCUGGUGAAUUUAGUUUUUCUGAGGGAAUCCUCACCAAUGAUUGGGAAGAAUUACCAGAUUCAAUGAAAACGAGUUGUGUUUCAGAAGGAUCCAAAAAUCCAAAAUGUUCUUCAUGGAAAGUUUCAACCAAUUACAAAUACAUUCAUUCAGGAGAUCAAUCGGAUUCAACAGGAACAGUGUCAUCUGUUCUCACAUAUUAUGUUGACAUCUUGAGAGAGUCAGGAAAACUCGAAUUCAGCUUCCGUGUCGAUGCUGACAAUGGAAAUGGAUUAGAGCUUUAUAUUGACAAUGAACAAGUAUUAGAAAGAACAAGCUAUGUACAUGAAUAUACAAUCAAAUCAUUUGCAUUGACAAAAGGUUAUCAUGUGAUUGAAUGGAGAUUUGAAAAAGCAUCUUCACCAUCCUCCAGUACUAAACAAAUGGCAUACAUCAAAUGGAUCAAAAUUUAUGGAGAUAAGUUAUCUGUUGAGUAUUGUACCAAGUGUCCAACAGGUACUUUUAACAAUGAACCUGGACAAGCUUCUUGUUCGCCAUGUCCUCUCGACACUUUUAAUGACCAAUCUGGACAAACUCAAUGUCAACCCUGUCCAGAAAAUACCUAUGCAUUGGAAGGAUCUACCUCUUGUUCUCCAAGACCUUUGUGUACUGCUUUGGAUUAUGUGGCUCAUUACACUCCAUGUUCGAAUGGUAAAAGAAAAUUAAUCUAUGAAUGGAAGAAGCCUAAGAUUUGCAAUGGAGGAGUAGAAUUACCAAAGAACAAGGAUAAUGAAGAAUGCAACCAAUGUCCUUUAGGAUUAUUCCGUAAAAAUGAUGAAUGUCAACGUUGUUCUGGAAAAGGAGAAUACUACGACAUGAAGGAAAUGAAAUGCAAAAAAUGUUACGAAGGAUACUAUGCAUUGAAAUACCUUCGUUACGAUUCGAAUUUCUUUAAUGAGAUUACUUCUUUACCAUCUCAUUGGUCCACCAAAUGUCUUGGAGAAUGUGAUAAGGAAAAUAAGGGUUGGACUAUUGUUUCCAAUAUUGAAAAGAACGAAGCCUAUCUCGAUGCAGCGGCCAAUGGAUAUGGAGAUGAAAGUGUUCUUUCCAUUCCGAUUGAAUUGUAUACAGAUGGAUCGAUUAGUAUUGAAUACGAGUUGUUAUCAACAACAACAACAACGGACAAGACUGAGGACACUUCUGUACUCUUAUUCUUUGUGAAUCGAACUUUGGUUGGAGAUUUCUCUCGACAAACACUCAAAGAAUUGAAAGGUACAUACAAAACGAGAUAUUAUCCUGCUGGACAUUACCUUCUGACAUUUGCCUUUGAGAAAUAUGACUCUCCGAAUAAGCAAUCAACUGCUCUCAUCAAAUCCAUUGUGAUUGAAGGAGAAAUCUCUGGUGCUUCUGAUAAAUGUUAUGAAUGUCGAGAAGGUCAUUAUUGUCCCCAAGGCACUGAUGAACAUUUACCUUGUCGUCCUGGAACGUAUUCCAAUAUUCGACAAGAGGCUUGUAUGGCUUGCUAUAGAAACACUUUCCAAAACAAGUGGGGACAAAAUAGGUGCCUUAAUUGUGGAGAUGGUACAUUUUCGAAUGCAGGAAGUGCAGACUGUGUGAAUACUUGUCUCUUUACAGUUCCUGGAACUGAAAUUAUGUACAAUUUGACAACCUUGCAGAGUGCUCUCAAUAGUGAAUUGAGUGUGUUUGGACCUCUCACACUUCCCAACUCUCCUCUCAAGUUUUAUUUCAAUCUUUGUAACAAAUUUGACACUGCAUACACCAAAUUCUGUCAAAAAGAAUCAAGACUUGCAGUUUUAGCAGAGCAACGUAAGGAUGUAACAACUAAAAAUCGUAGAAAGGGUUACACUACCUAUGCAUGUGUGGAAGAUGAUUCAAGUGAAAAUCCCAAAUAUCAUACAAGUGGUGAUAUGGGAUCUACAAUUUCAUAUUAUCACUCUCCAAAAGGAGAUGGUCUCACUGUCUACCUUGCCACAGAUUACAAGUGCUCCAAUAAGAAUGGAGUCUAUAACACAAAAGUUGAAUUGAAAUGCAAUCCAAAGGAAGGCAUUGGUAAACCAGUUAUUGCGACUGAGGUGGAUGAAACAGGAGCUGUAUCAUUUGCCGAUGUCUGUUCAACAAGAAUCUUGUGGGAGAGUCAUGCUGCUUGUCCUGUUUGUACUAUUUAUGAUUAUGAGCCAGUAGUCAGUGGUGAAUGUGAGAAUGGAAGACGAAAGAAGACAUGGUUUUUGAAACCAAAUGCAAAGUGCUAUCCAUAUUCUGGAUUGACAGCUCCUUUACCUGAAGAUGUCUCUUGUAUUACCUGUUCACAAGAUGAUUAUACCUUUGUGGAAACAAAGUGUGUGAAUGGGUUUUAUAAGAGAAAAUACGUUUGGAAGGAAAAAAGAGAUUGCUUUGGAGGUGUUGAACUUCCAGAAGAUGAAACACUCACUUGUGAUGAGGUAGAAAUUGGAAAACUUACUGCUGUGACUGGGUUGUCUGUCGCUGCAGCAGUAUUUUUGUGUUUACUUGUUGGUAUUUGCUUUUUCUACUUUAGAAACAAGCAACUUUAUGAACAAUAUGAAAUGUUAGGCCAAAAAGAGACACCUGACAUUGAAAUGAUGAAUAGCGGUUCUGGUGUGUUGGAGUUGAUGGAAAUGAAAGCUCAUCAGAUGAUGACAUGGGUUUCACAACCACUAAAACAAUUAACAUUACAGAUAGUGACGAAGAUGAUCGAGUUUAAAAGGUUGAGAUCUCAUCCCAGGCAACGAUGCUGUCUACAGUCAAGUUCUGGCGUAAACAACACAGAGAAGGGAUUUAAUAGCAAUCGUUGA